CGUGGACGGACAAGAGCAAGCCUACGUCUUCGAGGACGAGGAGCUAGAGAAGAUGCGUGCCUGGCCGCUGUUCCACCGCGAUCAAGUCGCUCCGUUCUCCGCUCACAAGAAGUACUACCUGGUUGCCUGCCAUGGGAGGCUGCUCAUGGUCUGCAGGAACUUCGGGACGAACCGUGUCCCCGGCGGCGGGUACCACACCGUUGGAUUCAAAGUCUCUGAAGCAAACUACUUUAAGGAGAACCAGCUAUUGCGAUAACUUGCCGAAUUUGACCGUGCCAUUUUCGGCAAAAACUGGGAAUUUAGCCUGGAUAAUGAUCCAACAACGUGUCCUUGAACUCACCGUCGGACUCACACCAAACACCAAACAUGCCGCGGUGCAAGCGAGGUGAAUAAGCAUGCAAGGUCACCAUCCAGUUCAUGGACGUAUCCAGCAAGGAGCCAAGGACACGCACGGCCGGUUCUGUCCGUUUGCAACAGAAAUACCUACCAACCACACGCGUGCUCAUCCGUGAUCCACAAUUCCGUCCCAUAUUAGCUUGGAAACACAGGAUCAAUGGGCACUGUGCUCAGGGGGCUCGCCGUCUCCCUGCUUCUUGCCGUCUUCCUCCUCGGGACCUUGCACGCGUCUGGGGUCAGCAGCGAUGGCGACGAGAAGCAGGUGUACAUCGUGUACAUGGGGCAUCAGCAUGAGCCGUCAGAGUCGGCUGAUGGUUUCUCUGCUGCAGAAGCUGCCCAUCACAAGCUGCUGAACCAGAUCCUCGAUGAUAGCAGCUCUGCUCUGGACAGGAUCGUCUACAGCUACAGGAGGAGCAUCAACGGCUUCGCGGCCCGGCUGACGGAGCAGGAGAGGCAGAAGCUCUCGACCAUGGAGGGCGUGGUCUCCGUCUUCCCGAGCAGGACGUACCAGCUCCAGACCACGAGGUCGUGGGACUUCCUCGGCCUCCCCAGGAACGCGCGCCGGAGCCUGCCCACGGAGGGGGAGGUCAUCGUCGGCAUGCUCGACACCGGUGUGUGGCCCGACUCCCCGUCCUUCUCCGACGACGGCCUCGGCCCGCCGCCGGGCAGGUGGAAGGGCGCCUGCCACAACUUCACCUGCAACAACAAGAUCAUCGGCGCCCGCGCGUAUCGGCAGGGGCGCGCCGGCCUGUCGCCGGUGGACACCGCGGGGCACGGCAGCCACACGGCGUCGACGGUGGCCGGGCGCGUGGUUGAGGGCGUCGGCCUCGCCGGCGUGGCCGCCGGAUCGGCCCGGGGCGGCGUGCCGGCCGCGAGGCUGGCCAUCUACAAGAUAUGCUGGGACGACUUCUGCGCCAGCGAGGACAUGCUGGCGGCGUUCGACGAUGCCAUCGCCGACGGCGUGGACCUGAUAUCCUUCUCCAUCGGCGGGAAGCUCCCGGUGCCGUACUUCGAGGACGCGGCGGCCAUCGGGUCGUUCCACGCCAUGCGGCGCGGGGUGCUCACCUCCGCGUCGGCCGGCAACUCCGCGCUGACCGGCGGGCGCGUCUGCAACGUCGCGCCGUGGAUGCUGUCCGUCGCCGCGAGCAGCACCGACCGCCGGCUCGUCGCCAAGCUGGUCCUCGGGAACGGCAAGACCAUAGUGGGAGCCUCUGUUAACAUCUUCCCCAAGCUUGAGAAAGCUCCACUUGCUCUCCCAGUCAACGGCUCUUGUCAACCGGAGUCCCUUGCCGGACAGUUAUACAGCGGGAAGAUCCUUCUCUGCCCCGGAGGAAGCAACGGCACCGGCCCUCUCCGGGCUGGCGCCGCCGGCACGGUCAUCGUCAACGACGAGCCCGACAUCGCGUUCGUGUUUCCCCUCCCUGAAGUGACAAUCACUCAGGAUCAGUUCACCGAAAUUCUUGCAUACGUCAACAGAACACGUAAUCCUGUGGGCAGCAUCCACAGCACCAAGGCUACCUUCGACUCCGAGGCGCCAACCGUCGCCUCGUUCUCAUCCACGGGGCCAAACUUGAUCAGUCCUGGGAUCCUGAAGCCUGACCUGGCGGCGCCGGGGAUCGACAUCCUGGCGGCGUGGACGCCGCUGACGCCGGUGUCCGGCAACCACAAAGACAACAGGUUCGCGGCGUACAACAUCAUCUCCGGCACCUCCAUGGCGUGCCCGCACGCCACCGCCGCGGCGGCGUACGUCAAGUCCUUCCACCCCGGCUGGUCGCCGGCGAUGAUCAUGUCAGCUCUCAUCACCACAGCCACGCCGAUGGACCCGGGGCGCAACCCGGGCGGCGGCGAGCUCGUCUACGGCGCGGGGCAGCUCAACCCGGCGCGGGCGCGCGACCCGGGCCUCGUCUACGACGCGCGCGAAGACGACUACGUCCGCAUGCUCUGCGCGGAGGGGUACAACUCCACGCAGCUCCGGGCCGUCACCGGCGCCAACGCCGCGGCCUGCCCGGCCGGCGGCGAGAGGAGCGCCGCCGCCGACCUCAACUACCCGACAAUGGCGCACCACGCCGCGCCGGGAAAGAACUUCACCGUCCGCUUCCCGCGCGCCGUCACCAACGUCGGAGCGCCGGGGCGCUCCGUGUACACCGCCAGGAUCGUCGGCUCGGGGCCGCUCAUCACAGUCGCCGUCGCGCCGAGGAGGCUGGCGUUCAGCAGGCUGCUGCAGAAGUUGUCGUUCACCGUGACGGUCUCCGGCGCGCUGCCGGUGGGAAACGAGUUCGUGUCGGCCGCUGUCGUGUGGUCCGACGGUGUGCGUCAGGUUAGAAGUCCGAUUAUUGUGCACACGGUGGAUGUUCCAAAGAGUAACACACUGCCAGAUUGAGGAGAUUGCUCAGGAAACUUCAUUUUGUUGACAAUGUUGCAACAGCUGACAAAUAAUGUUGGGGACA